AUAUGCGUUGGCCCAACGCCGCCAAACCGCCAAAGGAGGAGAGAGCCACUUCCUUGGUGCGGCCCGAACAGAUUAAUGCCCUUUUUGCUUGUUUCCACAAUCCAGAAUCCAAAUCGUAUUGAGAGACAGAAACAUGCCAGUUCCAGCCAGACAACUGCCGAGAUCUGAGAUCGUCAUGCGAAGAAGUCUAGCCGAACGUUGCUCAAAGGGUGUUUGGCACAGCGGAUGUAUCACCGUCUGCCUACCUUACUCUUCUGCCGCUGCCUGGCUCCUUCCCUUCAGCUGAGCAACUGGCGCGUUGCCAGGGGCGGAUGGGAGUCCCCCCAUGGCGACUCCUUAUUCGCCUCACACCUUCUACCCGGCAUCUCGCAAGCCGCUUCGGGGUCCUUGUCCCUCAAGCCAUUCGUCAUUCCCUGUUGUUAUUCUCCACCAACCAGCCAUAUCACAGUCACCUUCGUCAGCUUGAUGAUGUCCUGGCUCGCCUGGGUCUCAAAUCACCUGCUACGCCGCUUCGAAAAACAGAUUGUCAUCCCACACGCGAGCAUAACCCCGCAUACACCCCCCUCCCCCGAAGAAGGUGGUUGGUUUGCGUGCACGUCAGCCGCCACAAAUGGACCACAAGGGACCGCCAAACCCGACGGCGGUCACUAUCUUUACACUAGGUUCGGCUUCGGUGGGGUUGCGACAGUGCCUUCUUCUUCCCUGCGAAUGAUGGGCUUUCGAAGCUGCUUUAUUCUUCGCCUAGUGAUUCGUUGGCUGCAGGCUAACAGAGACACUCACGCAACCGAGCACGGCGUCGUCCUCCGAAAUAGACAGGGUAUGACCUCCAAGCUUCCUAGCUGCACGAGUAAUGGUUGUUGCUCGUGGCCACACAUACCAGAGGCGAAAAGUAAUUACAGCCAAGCAGCUUGCACCAGCCUUGUCCCCUGCAUCUUUUAGCAACCCGACAAACCUUCCCUCUCUGCCUGCCUGUGUGCCUGGGCGAUCAUGAGUGCAAUCGAUGGCGAGUCGGCGAUAGACAAUGGGCCGCAGUCCAAGCGCGAUUUUCAUCAAUCUCAGCAUGCGGUGCCAUCAUCCGCUACUCACACUAUAACAUCACGGACGAAACGAAAUUGAUCAUCGCCCUCGGGAAUUACAGACUAACCUUGGGAGGUGCUGCCUGCGGGUUGGAAACACCCUGUUCGAAGACUGUGUGACCGCCCCCGUUUUAUGGCUGCCUUUAGCCUGCUCCUCGGUCAGGG